AUGAAGCAUACAUGUGAUAAAGGCCACAAGGAUUCUAUAUAUCAGUGCGUGCACGCCCCAAAUUUCGCCAACUUCCGAGCCCAAGCACAACAAGGAAUCGUCAUGGUAGUGUACCCCAAAAUGGUGGCGAGCGUGUACGCUACCGUUCGAGCAUUACGUGAAGUGCUACAUUGCACGCUGCCCAUUGAAAUUUGGCUACGGCCCGAUGAGAUGAACAAAGUACCCGGAACUCUUGAGCCUCUACCGCACCUGGCGAGGAACAAGUCUGCAGGAAAAAUUACGUUUCAAUCAAUCCGCCACGGCCACGCAUUCAUGUUCAAUACCAAAAUCUAUGCCAUCUACAACAGCAAAUUCGAGCAGAUUCUGUUCUUGGAUGCAGACAACGUUCCAGUCAAGGACCCCAGCUACCUGUUUAAGACACUUGAGUUUGAGAAGACUGGUGCUAUCUUCUGGCCUGACUUCUGGCAUCCUGGACGAACUAUCUUCGCUAUCAACCAAACCUCGCUCGUUUGGCAGCUACUGGACACACCUUUCGUCGACAUGAAUGAACAGGAGAGUGGUCAGCUACUUGUGGAUAGAAAACGGCACGCCACUCCCCUCGCGCUGGUUCUUUUCUUUAGGUUUCACUUACCCAACUACUUCAAUCGACUCAAGCUCGCGUGGGAUGACAAAGAUCUGUUCCGCUUUGCGUGGCUGAAGCUAGGUGCAUCUUUCCACAUGAUUGAAAAACUCCCUGCCGUAGCUGGAGAGGUAUCGGGAGAUGUGUUUUGCGGUUUGACCAUGGCACAGCACGAUCCCAGUGGGGACGUAGUUUUCUUGCAUCGCAACCAACUCAAACUGACGGGAGAUUCCAAGCGAGCAAUCAGCGAAGAUGGAUAUCCAGAUCCUGCGAUAUGGACACACUUGGUUUCCUUCCGCGAGGACUCUCCGCGAUCCGAGUAUAUUAUCCAGAAACACGGUGCCAUGAACAGGUUUACAGGAAUGCAAAGGUGUUUCGGAGGACGUGAGCUGCACAGAAACCCUCACUUUGACACACAGGAAUUUACACACCUCAGCUUCGCCGGUUUAGAAUUGCGUUUACGGCAAUUUGCUAUGAGCGCAGCUAAGCUUCAAGUGAAGAAAGGAAAAUUGUCAACAUAA